GUUCAUUUCGCUGUAUUAAACUAAUCAUCGGUUUUUAUUUCAUUGAAUAAACAACAACAACAACAAACUGAUUUUGAUUAAACUGAAUAUACAAAAGGAUGUUCAAACUUUUGUAUUUGUAGAUUUCAUUAUAUCCUGAAAUGCUCUCAUUUGGUUUGCUCUUCUAGUUUUUACGCCGAUGUUAUAACAAUUUUAUAAUAUAUCCCGACUGUCUUUGCACUUAACCGAUUUUGCUUGAAAAUUAACCAGUAAUUAUACCAAUAUCUCCGUUUACAUGACUACUAAACCCUUGUGAUUUUUGAGACAAAUGACUGACCAAUUUGACCAUUUGAAACGGAGACAUUACACCUGUUCGGAGGAUGGAACCAUCGACCCCUGAAUUACUAAUGCUCUCCUCAGUCCGAAAAUUCAGGGAGGUUCAAUUGUUCCUGCCAUUUAUACAAAACCCCCGUCAAAGUCGUACAAAUUGUCGGACAAUCACUACUUCUACAUCAAAGAUUUGAAGCAACUUCCUGGUAAUUUACCGGAGCCUCGUCCACAAAACAAAACAAAAACAGAAACAAUAGACAUUGUUGAGUAUAUGCUAGUAGAUGAUAAAGCUAUACGGAUUCCAUUGACGACCCUAAGCAAACCUAUAGAUGUCCUGGUAGAAUAUCUCAUAGAAGGAUAUGAUGACGACCUGUCAAAGGUUCGUGUUUUGUUUCGUUGGUUAACAAAUCAGCCAAUAAACCGAAUGCACGUGCUGGAACACGAGCCGAAAGACAAGAACUCGGCCCUUCAUCAUCUAUGGAGGCUGAAAACACAGAAACAACGUUAUAGCAAAAUAUUUAGUGUUCUCUGCAGAUAUGCUGGACUGUACUGCGUGAUUGUCCACGGCGCUGUCAAAGGAGAGACCUAUGAAAUCGGAGAGAAAAUUGACAUGGGAAAACAUUACGGGGAAUGGAAUGCUGUUUGUAUAGACGGCGAAUGGCGCUUUAUUGACGCUCUUUGGGGGGCAUGUGACAUCAGGGAUCCUGGAGACGGUCGAGGUAGAUUCAAAUGUGACGAACGAUUCUUUUUUACAGACCCCAAGGAGUUGAUAUUUACUCAUUUUGCUGAGACGCCCCAAUGGCAGUUAUUGGACUCACCCAGGCAUAUUGAGUCCUUUGAAGAAACCGUGUGUCUCAAAAAUAGAUUUUUUGAGCUAGGAAUGCAAGUUUUGUCACAUCCAUUGUGUGAAAUUGAGGCUCAGGAUGGGGAAGUGGAAAUUUUAUUCGGCAUACAACCUAAACAGGUAUCAGAACAAAGAUUUAAUUGUUACAUCUCACAUUUUGAUAGACCAGAAACAAGGCGAUAUUUAUCGAAUGGGUCUAAUAACAGCGUACCAAUCUUCAUACAUAAACUUACAGAUAGUUCCAUUUCAAUAAAGGUACGGUUUCCUGAACAAGGAGUAUUUAGGGUCGAAAUUGUAGGAAAGCAGACAAACAAAGGUAGUAUGUACAAAGAAUAUGAUUGGAUCGCUGUUUACAAGGUGCUCGUUGAGCAAUCAGCUAACGUUGGAUUUCCGAAAAUGGACGCGGUAGGUUGGGGACCGGGCAAAGAUAUAGCGAAGGUAGGACUUGUUCCGUUUAAUUACACUAGCGGCGUGAUUGUUGCAAAGAACUCCAUUACAAAGCUUAGGUUCAAGAUAGGAGACACAAACAUUGUUCAGAACAUGAAAUUCUUUUUUAAGAUGGCUUCAACGUAUGAUAACGACCUUAGCAUUAAUUCAGUCAGUGACAAAUUUGAGAUUGACCUUAACAUAAUGACAUUUUUCCUUGAAGCGCCUCCUUUCGGUGAGUACACUUUGAAAAUGUAUGCACGGAAUGUUCGUGGAAAUAUACCAAUGUCAGAGAGAAAGGAAACCAACAUUUGUAACUACCUACUUAUAAGUGAUGUACCGCAACGACACAGCCCACUUGGGGUUUUGACAGAAAAAACGGAAAUCGCUGAAGACUCACUGGAACGAUCAACAAAAAUGACAGAAACUAAGCAAUUGACUGAAAAAAAGCCAGAGGUUGCAGAAUCGAUAGUCAGCGCUUCAAAUGUUAUGAUGGAAACGCGAUCUCAUCCUUCAGAGAGUAUUCGUAAUUCUCCAGACGGAAUCGAUGACUUAAAAACACCCGAACCGAUUUUUCGUGAACCAUUAGCAAAGUCUGAGGCAAAACAGAUAUUUGUCCGUGUUGAUAAAGAUCUUCAGGAGAUACCGGCCAUUCCCUUGAAUGUAGUCAGACCAGUGCAUCCCGAAAUACAGACAACCAAUCAGAAAUCAACUGACAAGCGAGAAAUGAAGGCAAUCUCAACAAAUAAAGUGGUUCCCUUGAUGUCAGGCGGAGACGACCAGAGCAUGAUGCUGGUACCAGUUUCAGAAAAGGCUAAACGACCAACAACAGGUGAAAGGAGAAAUAGAACUCGAGAUGAUACAAAGUAUCUCACGGCGCUUGCCAAAGUAAGAGGAGAACAAUAACAGUCAAUCAAUUUGAAAAUCAUUCAUUUAAAAUGUUACCAAUUAUACUGGCAAUACAUGGUAAGAAAUAGCUUAUUAACAAUUUCAGCCACCAAAACUUAUCUACGUAUUAAACACGGGGGAGGAAGUGUUACACGAGGGAUGGAGUUCUUGUGAUAACUUGUUAUGGAAUUCUUGUGAUAACUGUCACGGAGUUCGUCGAAAAACUAUUGUAUAUACUGCAAAAACAUUCGUCAAAAAUGGUAAUUUUCAUCUUUAAAAAGCGAGUUUUAUGUGCUAAAUUAAUCUUUAAUGAUUAAGCUUGCCUUACAUAUUGUAUUAUGUGUCAAAAACUUAAAUUGCAAACAUAAAUCCCCGGCAAACAAAUUUAUACCCGAUUUUUUUUAAAUGUCCCGGAGUUCUUGUGAUAACUCAAAAUGUGUUCUGGAGUUCUUAUGAUAACUUUUGUUACUGCCAAUGUGUUUCUUGUGCUAAAUCACGGCACGUUAUAGCGUAUUUUAUUAUUCAGUAAGGUUGUAAAUCAUUAUGAAAUGUAGUACGUUCAUUUUUUGCACAAAAAUGAUGAUAUAUAAUGUUGGUUUCCAGUGUAUUUUAGUUAAAGAGAUAAUACUGAGAUAUCUUAUUGGUAUUUUUGCUGACGCAAAUUUCGUAGACUGGAAAAAGGAUUGAUGUAGAGCAUUGGCUUUCAUAAUAAAAUGCGCUCAAGUAUGGUGUCUUCAUGUAUAUUUUUCUGCCGGUGUUUGAUGGGUAUUUCCCCUAUGUAAUCUUAGUGGAGGAAACUCUGUUAAUAUUGCUGAAAUUGAAAACAAUUGAAAUACAAUAUUUAAGGCAAGCUUUAUAAUUAAAGAUUAAUUUAGCACAUAAAACUCACUUUUCUACGAUGAAAAUUACCAUUUUUGACAAGAGUUUUUGCAGUAUAUACAAUAGUUUUCCGACGGUCUCCGUGACAGUCACAAUAACUCCUUAACAAGUUAUCAUAAAAACACUUCCUCCCCGUGUUAAAAGCUGGGAAUUUAAGACGAAAAAGUUCGAUUCAUAUUGACUAUCUACAUUCAUACGUGUACGUAUAGACACAAUACACUUUGAAUAAUCUGUGACAUUUGAAUGAAAGUAAUCAUUGUUUUUUGUCCAGCGUGUCAAUAUAUUUAAUCAUGCAUUAAAAUAUUUAAUGUUUUGAGAGCAGUUACAAAGGCAUUGUUCAUUUAUGCUAGUUCAAUUUGACAUUUGUAGGUGUUAAAAAAUCUGACUUAAUUGUUGAAUGACAUGUUCGUUAAUGUUUAAAUCACUGUGUUAUACAUGAAAUCAUACUUAUUAUAUGACUUCGAAUUUGACUGAAGCAGUUGCUGAAUAAAAUAAAAUGAU